GAUCUCCACCUACCCUUCUCUUCAUAUAUUGCGAAUUCUCACUAGAGCCUUCGCUUCACACUCGCUCUCUACCUCAACUCUAUAAACUCGAACCAGGGGUGCUCUGAGGUAAAACUAUUGAAGAGAAAGGGGAAAAAAACAGUAAUCUAUCACACAUAACCAUGGUGAAGGCCGUCGCAGUACUCAGCAGCAGUGAGGGUGUUAGCGGCAAAAUCUUCUUCACUCAGGAAGGAGAUGGUCCCACAACUGUUGUUGGAGACGUUAGUGGCCUUAAGCCUGGACUCCAUGGCUUUCAUGUGCAUGCCCUUGGUGACACCACCAAUGGUUGUAUGUCAACUGGACCUCACUUCAAUCCUGCUGGCAAAGAGCAUGGUGCUCCUGAGGAUGAGGUUCGCCAUGCUGGUGACCUUGGUAACAUCAAAGUUGGGGAAGAUGGAUCAGCCCACUUCGAAAUUGUUGACAAGCAGAUACCACUUGCAGGACCACAUUCCAUAAUUGGAAGAGCUGUGGUCGUUCAUGGCGAUCCUGAUGAUCUCGGAAAGGGUGGACAUGAACUGAGCAAAUCCACUGGAAAUGCUGGUGGAAGAGUUGCUUGCGGUAUCAUCGGCCUUCAAGCUGCGUAGAACCUGGUGCUUCACGCUUAGUGUGGCUUGGCUUAAAUCAUUUCCCCAGAUACUUUCUCUGAAACCGUUGCUACCUAUAGGGAUCGUAAUAAAGGGUUGUUAGAAUGGAAAGUUUCAUCUGUAAUCGUAUACUUGUUUAAAUCCUUUGGGUAAUGAAAGUUUGAUUUUAUCUUUCUGUUU